UUAAAUUACAUGUAUACCCUUCACACUCCUUUCACAGCAAGGCACCCACCGAAGCUGAAGCUUUGCUUCAACUCUCUCUUCGUCUAUUAAUGUCUAUUUCUCUUCAUUCGACCUUUUUUCCGUAGUCUAUGCUUCACACCCUUUCUCUUUUCUCCUUCUCCAUCUCUCUCUCUCCUUCAUUCGUUCACGGCGGCCUUCGUUCGCCAUCUCCGUUUCUCCCCCGCUCUCUUCCUCGCAAUUCUGGGCUUUUCUAGCAUACCAAUGUCUUUUGAACUCCAGAGGAAGAAUUCAUCUAGACCGUUUGAUUUUUGUUUCAUGAACCGGGGGAGAUUCUGGUACUCGUGGAAGAUCUUCUUUCGCCACUGGACUUGACGUUUGUUUUUCUUUUCUCUCUUCCCCCUCUUCUUUUUCUUGGAGGGGAUUAUGCGAAGCUAUUUGAGAUUUGGAUUCAACACUUGGGUUUAUUUCUUCUUUUCAAAACAAUUUUUUUGAGAGCUCUUCGUUUCAAUCUGAUUGAGAUACCAGAAAAUUACAAAUUUUUUUCCAUCGUGCUCGUUGGAAGUUGUUUAUACGGGUUUCACCACAUACACAUAGCACUGAAUUCUCCAAAUUUACCAUGUGGAAAAGAUCACCACCUCCCGGGUUUCGGUUUCAUCCAACUCAUGUUGAGUUGGUAAUGUUCUAUCUGAAGAAGAAAGUUAUGCAGAGAAAGCUUCCUACGGGAGUCAUUUGUGAGUUGGACAUAUACAAAUAUGCGCCUUGGGAUCUUCCAGCUAAAUCGUGUUUGAAAGGCGGAGAUCUGAAAUACUACUUCUUCUGUCCGAGAGAGAGAAAGUAUGCAAGUGGGGCUCGAAUGAAUCGUGCCACAGAAUUUGGGUAUUGGAAAAGUACUGGAAGGGAUAGGACUGUACACUACGAGAAUAAGGAGGUUGGACAGAUUAAGACUUUGACAUUUUUUAGAGGUAAAGCACCAAAAGGGGCUCAAACUGAUUGGGUCAUGCACGAGUACAGGCUUGAUGAUAAGAAUCUGUCUUUAGAAGAUGCUGCUCAGGAUGCAUAUGUUCUCUGUGUUAUAUUCCAAAAAGAUGGUCCAGGCCCAAGGAAUGGCGCCCAAUAUGGAGCACCAUUUAAAGAGGAGGACUGGGAGGAGGAUGGUUUAGAGGAAGUUGAUUCUUUAGAAGUUGAUCUUUCCUCUGGCUUGUCGGUGCUUCCUAAUAAAGAGCCACUGAAUUCAUUUGCCCCAGACAGCUCUCUGACACAGACUAACGUUUUUGGCUGUUCACCAGCAUCGUGUAUCUCUGAAAAUGUGGCGGCUACUUCAAAGGAGAUUCCCCCGAUUGCAUCUGGGAAUAUUGCUCCGGUAGAGAUACCUGGGAACUGCAAUAUUCCCGACGAUAUAUUUACUAUUGCAGAUAUUUUUCCUGAACAUGGAAACGUGAAUUUGGUGGAUGCCAAUGCAUUUCAGGCUUCUGCUGGCGCUCCAAUACAUACAGAUCAAGUUGAUACAAUAUUUGAAGAUUUAGAAGAUCUAGAAAUCAAUUUAGAAGAUCUAGGUGAUUCAUUGAACGGAGAUGAGAAUGCUUAUGACACUGGCCAUGAAGUGAUAUAUAACUCAGAACGAACAUUUUCAUUUAACAACAAAACAAUGCUUUGUUUGGACCACAGAGAAUACUUGGAGAUGAAUGACCUCAACGUUCCGUUGAGCUCUACUAACCAAGACAGGCAAAUGGUUAAUGCUGCAUACAGCGGUUCUAGCCUCAUUGAACAGCCAUGUUUCCCAUAUAGUUCUUUUGGGGCUGCUGCCAAUCAGAAUGUUCCUUCAUGUCAGUAUCCUUCUCUGUACCAUUCCAAUAAUCAAAUGUGUCAUCCCGCUGAUCUUGAUACCCUGAUGCACACGUCUGAUUCCAUCCAGUCUGCCUUGGUGCAGGAAAAUUUUCACUCCAAUGCAAAUGGGGGAUGCAAUGGCUCUAAAGCUCCCUGGUUGGAUCAUGAUGCAAACAUUCCAUAAGUUAUUCCAUAAUGCCUUUGAAGAGGGCUUUGGUUUUAUCAAUUCAAAGCCAUUUGCACUGAUGCAAUGAUAAUCUGAUCUGAGAAUGAAUGUGCAAAUGCAACCUACUGUACAAUAUCAUCAUGCAUGCUUCUAGAUAAUUAAGAACCUGUAUGCGGCCCCCUGUUACCUUUUUAGCUUUAAUUGUUGGUGUAGUAGCUUAAAGGGGUAUCAUCCAUGGCUAAGAAUUUUCUGCAGGGGUUCAUUUGGCAGUUUGUGAAUAAAUUUUGUUGUGUUGAGAGAUGAGUAGGUUAGAAUCUCUCUCACGUAUGCUGGAUCCUUUAUCUACUGAAUAGACUUGAAAAUAAUAGAGAUUGUAAUGGUAGUCUCUUAUUUGGAAAGCAUGAUUGCAAACUUCGUUCUACAGGGGUAAGUAUAAGUUUGGUAAUUUCUCCUGAAUGGACCUUGCUUUGAAGUAGUAAGUGUUUUGGACAAAGCUUCAUCUAGGAGUUUUUAAUAUUAUUGUUAUCAUUUUGAUUCUUUUUUAA